ACCCACCUGGACCAAGAACAUCAUUCAAAAUGUCUACUGAGGACAAAGGGUGGGUUCCCAUGAACGAUGUUCUCAGAAAACUGACACCUGCCGAAUUGACUACUGUCACCGGACGCUCCCACAACAUUUCAGAGAGACUGGGUAAGGUAAAUGCACCAUCACAUCUGCAGGCGAGGGUUGGGCUUCCCUUCACACUGGCCUGUAAUAUAACCAUGGAGACAGGGGAGGUUCUAAAACAGGUGCUGUGGUUUGACAUGACAAAUAAAACGAUACUGUACUAUCAGCCUGAUAAACAUGACCACAUUACUAAAGUGGAUGGUGUUGAGCUCACAUCACAUGCUGCAGGUCAACAUGCUCACACCAGCAUCAUCACCAUCAACAGAGCUGAGCCAGCCAACGAGGGCUGCUACCAGUGUUUUUUUGAUGUGUAUCCUUCUGGGCAGCAGAAAGGAAGGACGUGUCUCUCACUAAAGGCAAUGGUGGAGCUGAUGGGCAAUACAACUGUUGUGAGUGGAAAGCCUGUUUCCCUUUCAUGCAAGUACAUUCUCAAUAAGCGAGUCAUGCAGGUUUUAUGGAAAAAAACAGCUGAACAAGGGGACACCACCACUGUUGCUUCUUAUGCCAAAAAUGGCAGACCCAUCAUCGAAAAACCUUUCCAGGGUCGGGUAACUCUAAAUCCAUCCCUUGGCCAAACCCAGCUCUCCAUAGACCCAGCUCAGACAGAGGAUGAAGGCUGUUACACCUGCGAGUUCCACAUAUAUCCAGAAGGCACUAAGAGUGCAACGGCUUGUCUCUCUGUAUAUGUCUUACCCAAACCUGAGGCCAGUUACAUCACCAUAUCACAGGACAUUGUUGAGGCCAACUGCACAGCUGUGUCCCGUCCUGCAGCAGAGAUCUCUUGGAAUGUUGAGGGUCAUAACCAAACACUGGGGCCUGCUGUGACAACAUUAUACCAGCUAGGGGAUGGCACCACAAUGGUGGUCAGUUCCAUUCAAAUUCAGGCUGAACUACUGGACGAUGAACUUAUAAAAUGUGAAGUUCAUCAUCAGGGCCUUGGUUCGGCCAUCUCUAUCUCUCUGAACAAAUCUAGGAACCCCCAUGUCAUUCUCAUUUCAGCCAGCUGUGUGGCCCUUGUGCUGCUCAUAUGUCUGUGUAUCUGCUUGAAGAAGUGCUAACUUCACCUGCUGAUAUGGUGACAGUGGUAGAGGUUACUGUUGAAGACCACUAAGGAUUUGCAGUUAUUUAGGUGAAUGUUUCACCGCAUGUUGUAAAUGACUUGUGUAACAGCAACACUGCCCUCACCUCUAAGUCUAACUUGUCAUUUAGCUGAUGCUUUUGUUCAAAAUGAAUUAAAGUUAAUUACAGUGACAGUCCUCUGGGCUUAACUACCUUUGUCUAAUUAAUGGUUGUUCCUGAAUUGCCCUUGUGGUUUUUGAAACGUCAACCUUAUGGUUAUCAGCCCAAUUGUAUAGGUUACAACACCUCCAUCUAGGGCCAGAUAUAUAGUAAACAAUCAGCUGUUAUAAAGGCUUGGCUGGAAUUUACAUCAAAGGAAUAUUCUGGGUUUAAUACAAGUUAAGCUCAAUCGACAACAUUUGUGGCAUAAUGUUAAUUACUACAAGAAAUCAUUUUGAUUCGAACCUCCUUUUCUAAAAAAAUAAAAAAAUAAUUGAGGUUAUAGACAGGCACUUAAAAUAGAAGUGAAUGGGGCCAAUUUUUGGAGGGUUUAAAGGCAGAAAUGUGAAGCUUAUAAUUUUAUUAAAAAAAAAAAAACACUUUAAUUCUUCUGUUAAAACUAAUUUAUUAUUUGAGCUGUAAACUUGUUCGAAUCGUCAUUUUAGGGUUUUAGAGUUUACGGUGUUUCGUUGUCAUAGCAAUAAAGUUGUAAAACUGGAUAUAACUUUAAACAGAAAAGGUUAGUAAGCAAUUUUAUUACACUAAAAUCAUGUUAACACACAUUGUUUUCAUCUUAUGGCUAUAUUUUUUAAACUAGAUUAUAUUUAUUUAUUUAUCUAUUUCUCCCCUUUUUCUUCCCAAUUUGGAAUGCCCAAUUUCCAAUGUCCUCAUGGUGGUGUAGUGACUCACCUCAAUCCGGGUGGCAGAGGACGAAUCUCAGUUGCCUCCCGUCAAUCUGCGCAUCUUAUCACGUGGCUUGUUGACCGCAUUACUGUGGAGACAGUGCGUGUGGAGGCUUCACGCUAUUCUCCACGGCAUCCACGCACAACUCACCACGUGCCCCACCGAAAGCGAGAACUACAUUAUAGCGACCACAAUGAGGUUACCCCAUGUGUCUCUACCCUCCCUAGCAACUGGGCCAAUUUGGUUGCUUAGGAGUCCUGGCUGGAGUCACUCAGCACACCCUGGAUUUGAACUCGCGACUCCAGGGGUGGUAGUCAGCGUCUUUACUCACUGAGCUACCCAAGCCACCAUUUAAACUAGAUUUUAAAGUUUACGGAUUGGCCUCAUUCAUUGUAAGUGGCAUACUAUAACCAGUGUUGGCUGUAAUCUAAUUAGUCAAAAAGUAGUGCAAUGCAUUACUUUUUAAAUGAUUGUAAUCAGAUUACAGUUACUGACUUUCAAAGUUUAUUACUUUGAAGUAUAUCAUUUGGGUUACACAUUUCUAAAAUAAUGUUAUUUAUGAAGAAAUCAUUUAAAACAUGUUCAUACGUACAUCUGAUUGUGUUUCUGUGACAGCUAAACGGACAACAACAUUAUUUUGAAAUCAUUGAGCGGAAAAACAAACUAUUCUGUGAAAAUUGUUUUAAAAAUAACUUAAAAUGUAUUGUUUAAUGCGAUUACUUUCCCCAUAAAGUAAUCAUAAAAGUAAUUUGAUUAAAAUUUUUAAAGAAGUAAUAAGUACUUUGUAUUGGAUUACAUUUUUGAGUAACUUACUCUACACUGACUGUAACCCAGAUGUUGUGCUUUUUAAAAAAAAAGAAAAAAGGAGGGACAGUCUAAAUACUUUUUGGUGGUAAUCAACAUUAGGCCACAAAUGCUGUCGAUUGAGCUUAACUUGUAUUGAACCUAGAACAUUCCUUUAACAAGAAGUCUAGAAUCUAUUUCCCUUAUCAACCAAACCUUUAUUCAUGAUGAUUUGUUACUAAAUAUACAUUUGUCAACUAGCAUGUGGAAAAGCUGUGUAAUCAAUAUAUGUGUGUGUGUAUACAUAUAUAUAUAUAUAUACACACAGUACUGUGCAAAAGUUUUAGGCACUUUAGAUGUUUCACAAAAGCAUUUGUCUUAAGAUGGUUAUUUAUAUCUUCAGCUUUGGUGUGUCAAUAGGAAAAAUCAUUUUUAGACUCCCAAACAUUACUUUUGCAAAUAGAAAAGAUUAGAAUAGAAGAACAGGGUGCUCUGCAAGAGAUGGCAUUGCCCCCACAGAGCCCCCUACUGAACAUUGUGUCAGUCUGAGAUUACAUAAAGAGACAGAAGCAAUUGAGACUAAAUAGAUAGAAGAACUGUGGCGAAUUCUCCAAGAAGCUUGGAACAUCCUAUCUGCCAACAACCAAGAAAAGCUGUGUCCAGGUGUACCUAGGAGAAAAGGCAAUGGUUGUCACACCGAAUAUUGAUUUAGCUUUUUUAUGUUUACUGGACUUUGUAUGGCAUUAAGUGAUAAAUGAUAACUAUUUAUUUCAUUAUUUUUGAAGACAUCCUCACUAUGCAACAUUUUCCACAAGUGCCUAAAACUUUUGCACAGUACUGUGUGUGUGUGUGUGUGUGUGUGUGUGUGUGUAUAUAUAUAAAAAUUCCCUUUGGAAUUAGUCCGAAUAAUAGACAAACACAAUCUGCUUAAAGUAAUGACUGUGCUGUGAUUGUUGCCUGGAUGUUCACCAAUCCACAGUACGACAAAGUGUCUACAAAUGGAGGAAAUUCAGCACUGUUGCUAGUUUGCCUAGGAGUCAGCAUCUUGCACAGUUUACCCCAAGAGCACAACGUGCAAUGCUAAAGGAAGUGAAAAAGAACUCAAAAGUAACAGCAAAAGAUCUGCAGCAAUCUCUUGAACUUGCUGAGGUCUCUGUUCAUGUGUCAACUAUAAGAAAAACACUGAACAAGAAUGGUGUUCACAGGAGGACACCACAGAGGAAACCACUGCUCUCAAAACAAAAAAUUUCUGCACGUCUCAAGUUUGCAAAAGAUCACCUUGAUGCUCUACAGUUUCUGGAAUUAUGUUCUGUGGACAGACAGAACAAAAUUGAACUUGGCAGAAACACACAUCACUAUAUUUGGAGGAAAAAAGGCACUGCACAUCAACACCAAAACCUCAUCCCAUCUGUGAAGCAUGAUGGAGGAAGCACCAUCGUUUCCGACUGCUUUACUACAUCAGGGCCUGGACAGCUUGCAAUCAUUGACAGAACGAUGCAAUCAAAAUUGUGUCAAGGGAUUUUAAGGAGAAUGUCAGUGUAAUGGUCCGUCAUCUAACAGUUGGGUGAUUCAACAAGACAAUGAUCAAAAACACAUAAGCAAAUCAACAACAGAAUGGCUAAAGAGGAAGAAAAUGUGUGUUUUGGAAUGGCCAAGUCAGAGUCAAGACUUUAACUCAAUUAAGAUGUUACAGCAUGACCUGAAGAGGGCUGUUCAUGCAAGAAAUCCCAGAAAUAUUAAUGAACUGAAACAAAUUUGUAGGGUGGAAUGGUGUAAAAUCCCUCCUCACUGAAAUGCAAGGCUGAUCAACAGCUAAAGGAAAUGUCUGGUAAAGGUUAUUGCUGCUAAAGGAGGUUCUAUCAGUUAUUAAAUACAGUACGAGGGUUCACACACUUUUUCCAGCAUGAACUGUGAAUAAUUAAACAGCAUGUUCUGUAAAAACAUGAAAACUACAAUUAUUUGUUUGUUAGUGCUUUAAGCAUUGUGUUUGUCUAUUGUUUGGACUUAGGUCAGAUGAAGAUGCAGGUAAUUCCAAAGGGUUCACAUACGUUUUCUUGCCACUGUAUAUACAGUUGUGGCCAAAAAUAUUGGCACC